GGUUGGGCCUUCCCAGUCCCUUUAGCUGGGCUAAGUAGCUGGCUUUCGAUUAGGCUACAGCCAGCCUGCUGAUCAAAGCUGUACCUACAUACAGGAGAAUGUGCAUCUACGGGCGUUGAUGUACGAUCGCCAACAACAUGCCUACCAAGUGUACAUUUUAAAGUUAAAUGCGUUUAUAAGGGGUUUUCUCGCAAUUGAACGCUUCGUUUAUUGAUCUGUUUUGAUUUUUACAUUUUCUGUCGACUUGCACUGGGCUUUUACUGCUGAGAGUCACAAAGCAAAGUGCCAAGCGAAAUCUGGCGGAGGAACAGGGUUUCAAAGAGGAAGUUUUCCUUUAAAUGAGACACGGCAUUUCUUAUUAGACGGCGUAUAAGGCUUGGCUCUGGCCUGAGACCUGGGGAAGACCUUCCGCAAUGCCGCUUUUCGGGAAAUCACACAAGACCCCCGCCGACAUCGUGCGGACCCUGAAGGAGAACAUGGCCGUCCUGGUCAAGCAGGACAAGAAGACCGAGAAGGCCUCCGAGGAGGUCUCCAAGUGUCUGGUGGCGAUGAAGGAGAUCCUGUACGGGACCAACGACAAGGAGCCACACACGGAGACGGUGGCCCAGCUGUCCCAGGAGCUGUACAACAGCGGCCUGCUCAUCCAGCUGGUGGAGAACCUGCAGGUCAUCGACUUCGAGGGGAAGAAGGACGUGUGUCAGAUCUUCAACAACAUCCUGCGGCGACAGAUCGGCACGCGCAGCCCGACCGUGGAGUACUUCUGCUCCCACCAGGAGGUGCUGUUCAUCCUGCUGAAAGGGUACGAGACCGCCCAGGUGGCGCUGAACUGCGGGAUCAUGCUGAGGGAGUGCAUUCGGCACGAGCCCCUGGCCAAGGCCCUGCUCCACUCCGACAGGUUCCGCGACUUCUUCGGCUACGUGGAGAUGUCCACCUUCGACAUCGCCUCCGACGCCUUCGCCACCUUCAAGGACUUGCUCACGAGGCACAAGAUUCUGGUGGCGGAAUUUUUAGAACAGAACUACGAUGCGGUUUUUGCAGACUACGAGAAGCUGCUCCACUCUGAGAACUAUGUCACAAAGAGGCAGUCACUGAAGCUGCUGGGAGAACUGCUGCUGGACAGACACAACUUCACGGUAAUGACGCGGUACAUCAGCAAGCCCGAGAACCUCAAACUCAUGAUGAACCUGCUGAGGGACAAGAGUCAAAACAUCCAGUUUGAGGCCUUCCACGUUUUCAAGGUGUUUGUGGCCAAUCCCAACAAGACCCAGCCGAUUGUGGACAUCCUCCUGAAGAACCAGACCAAACUGAUCGACUUCCUCAGCAACUUCCAGAAGGACCGCACGGACGACGAGCAGUUCAACGACGAGAAGACGUACCUGAUCAAACAGAUCCGGGACCUGAAGAAGCCGGCCUCGUAGGCCCGCCCUGCCGAGCUUCCCAGCAAUGGCCCCCCUUUUUCUUUUUCUAAUGAAAAAAACAAAAAAAACAAACAAACAAAAUUAUAGUAACAAUAACAAUUAUUUGUAGAAUCUUGAAAAGAUUUAUCUUCUUCUUC